CGAACAGACCUGAUCACUGCCAUGAAGCUGCACGACUCCUACCAGCUAAAUCCUGAGGACUAUUACGUACUGGUGGAUCCAUGGCGGCAGGAGUGGGAGAAAGGUGUACAAGUCCCUGUGAACCCACAGUUAAUCCUGGAGCCAGUUGCCAGGGUGAUCGCUGAAAAAGAGAAAAUAGUCACAUACAGUAGACCUCGCAAGUACAUCCACUCGUCUGGAUCUGAUCCACCAGAACUAGGAUAUGUUGACAUCAGGACACUUGCAGAAGGAGUUUGCCGCUAUGACCUAAAUGAGAUGGAUGUGGCUUGGCUGGAGCUGAUUAAUGAAGAAUUCAGAGAAAUGGGUGUGCCACAGCUGGAUGAGUAUAUAAUGGAGCGAGCAAUGGAGGAGUUUGAGCAGAAGUGCUAUGACAACAUGAACCAUGCCAUAGAGACAGAGGAAGGCCUUGGCAUUGAGUAUGAUGAGGAUGUUGUUUGUGAUGUAUGUCAGUCUCCAGAUGGUGAAGAUGGCAAUGAAAUGGUCUUCUGU